UUCGUCUUCCCCUUCCUCUCGCCAUCGGAAUCCACACGUCCUAAUCACCAAUCAGUUAGUAGUAGUAUCAUCACUCGUAGCCAUCCGACUAGCGGUGAGGAAUCAUCUGCUGGCCCGUGAGGGAAGGAAGGAAUCGGAGAGGUCAGAUUUGUGGUUGUGCGGCCGGCGAUGGGGGCGGAGGCGGAGUGCGACAGGAUAAAGGGCCCGUGGAGCCCCGAGGAGGACGAGGCGCUGCGGCGCCUGGUGGAGCGGCACGGGGCGCGGAACUGGACCGCGAUCGGGAGAGGGAUCCCCGGGCGGUCGGGCAAGUCGUGCCGGCUGCGGUGGUGCAACCAGCUGUCGCCGCAGGUGGAGCGCCGCCCGUUCACGGCGGAGGAGGACGCGUCCAUCCUGCGCGCGCACGCGCGGCUCGGCAACCGCUGGGCCGCCAUCGCGCGGCUGCUGCCCGGGCGCACCGACAACGCCGUCAAGAACCACUGGAACUCGUCGCUCAAGCGCAAGCUCGCCACCGCCACGGCGGCGUGGGAGGGGGACGCUGUUAGCGGCGACGGCAGCGGCAGCGGCGGCGAGUCCGAGCCGCCGCGGCCGUGCAAGCGCGCCAGCCCCGGCCCUGGCCCCGAGAGCCCGACCGGAUCGGACCGCAGCGAGCUCAGCCACGGCAGCGGCCAGGUCUUCCGGCCCGUGCCGCGCGCGGGCGGGUUCGACGCCAUCAUCAGCGCGGACGUCGUCAGGCCGCCGCCUCCGCGGCCAGAGGAGGACCCGCUGACGUCCCUCUCCCUCUCGCUCCCGGGAUUGGACCAGGGCUUCCACCACGACAGCGCCCGGAGCCACUUCCAAGAGCUCUCCCCCUCGCCGCGCUCGCCUUCCCCGCCGCCGGCUCAGCCGGCCUACCCUUUCAGCGGCGAUCUGGUGGCGGCCAUGCAGGAGAUGAUCCGCGCGGAGGUGCGCAAGUACAUGUCAGGCGUGGGCCUCCCCGCCGGCUGCGGCACCGGCGCCGUGGGCGAGGCGUGCAUCCCGCAGCUCGUCGAGGGCGUCAUGCGCGCCGCCGCGGAGAGGGUCGGCGGCGUCGUGGCCCGCCAGUAAAAAAACAACCGACCGUACGCCGGCUCGGCAAAAGCUGUCGCGAACGCGGGCGCCGCAUCUCGUCGCCGCCGUGGCUCGCACUGAGAUCUCGUGUGGUGGUAGCGUUUAGUCGUUUUCAGGUCCUCUGUUGGCGUUCAACAUCGGUAGUUUGUUUAUUCUUCGUCUGCUCUGAAACAGAGCAGUGAUGAAGUCGGGAUGGGGUAAAGCAAGAAAAAAAGGGCAAGAGAAAACGGAAAUGUUUAAUUAGCGAUGCCCGAGGCUGUCGUUUCUGUACAGGAAUGAGAUGAUGGGGACUGGUGAUGAGAAAUUUGGGCAAUCAUGUUU